AUGGAUGCUAUCGUCCCCGUUGUGAAGGACUGGAACAACAUCGUUAUCGCCUAUGAGCCUGUCUGGGCUAUCGGCACCGGCAAGGUUGCCACUACUGAGCAGGCUCAGGAGACCCAUGCCUCCAUCAGGGCCUAUCUUAAGUCCAAGGUUAGCACCGAGGUCGCUGAGAACACUCGUAUCCUCUACGGUGGCUCUGUGAACCCUGGUAACUGUGGUGAGUUGAUCAAGUGCGCUGAUGUCGAUGGGUUCCUCGUUGGUGGUGCUUCCCUCAAGCCUCAGUUCACUGAGAUCAUCGCCGCUGCCGCUCAGUCCGCCUAA